ACCAAACUGAAGAAGAUUGCAGGAACUUGGCGAUGGUACUUGUUAUUGAUGAGACGGAACACGGCAUUUAGAUGCAACUCUUCUAGAUUUGGAAAUGAUUAAAACUGAAAAAGUACUUCAUCUAAAGAGUUCGCGUGGGCGAAAAGUGCGUGUAGUGCGAGAGCUUUAUUUAAGAGAACAGGUGGCGUGCGGCAGCGCACUGUGUCAGGCAGGAUGUGAAAAUGAUGGCAAGCUGCUGUCGGGAGAUGUGACCCACUAUGUUGUUCCGGAUGCUGGUGUGGUGCGGGACUUCCUGGAGAUUCUGGAGUUCAGGGAGCUGUGUGGGAUUGUGUUCACCCAGACGGCUUGCCAGGCUGCCCAGCACGCACGUGGCCGGAGGCACUAUAACAGGUUACGUGGUCUUCUGAAAGACCCUCGCCAUGACUGUGUUCUGUUCGCCAAUGAGUUUCAGCAGUAUUCCUACUGCCCCCGUGAGAAAGGAGAAACGCAAGAGCAGUGGCACACAAGGUGUGUGUACCAUGCAGCAGUGUGGUAUUAUAACCAUCUGGCUGGUCUGACCCCAGUUGUUAUGAUCACAGAAGACCAGAAUACUAUCAAAACGUGCAGCAGCCUAAAUAGUGGAGUUUAUGUCAUCUCAACUAAUGAAUAUUUGGAAAGUUUCUGGCCGGAUCUGCAGGCGGCCCGGGAGCUGUAUGCAUCCAUUGCUCAGACCCUGCAGGAGAGAGAGAGUGAAGGAGUGGAGAAGGAAUACCCGGAGCACCUGCCUGCAGAUGUUCUAGAGGCAGGGAUCAAAUCCGGAAGGUACAUUCAGGGCAUGCUUAAUGUAAACAAGCACCGGGCGCAAAACGAGGCCUUUGUGCGCUUUGAAGGCUCCACGAACAAGAACACAGAGCUGAACAGUGAUGUGCUGAUCAGUGGUAUGAAACAUCGUAAUCGUGCGAUACAAGGUGACUCAGUUGCUGUGGAGCUGUUGCCGCGCAGUGAGUGGAAGGGGCGGACCACAGCAUUAGCGGCAGGGCAGGGUGAAGAGCGUGCAGGGGAGGACGCCCAAAGCCAGCUCAUGCCCACAGGCAGGGUGGUGGGUAUCCUCCAGAGGAACUGGAGAGACUAUGUGGUAACGUUCCCACCACGAGAGGAGCUCCAGUCCCAGAGCCGAAACUCCCAGAAGAUUCUGGUCAUUCCCUGGGAUUAUCGCAUCCCAAAGAUACGGAUUAGCACCCAGCAGGCAGAGACACUGCAGGACCACAGGGUGAUCGUGCGCGUGGACUCAUGGGAAAGCACCUCUCUCUACCCGAGCGGCCACAGUGUCAGGGUCUUGGGGAAGGCUGGAGAGCUGGAGACCGAGAUCCAGACCAUCUUGCUGGAGAACAGCAUCCACGUGGCUCCCUUCUCUGAGGCCCAGUUGCGGGAGAUGUCACUGAACUCUAAGGAACACCCAUGGCAGGUGGAUCCGGCUGAGGUCAGCUCACGGCGGGACCUGCGGGAUACGCACCUGGUGUUCAGCAUCGACCCGCUGGGCUGUGAGGACGUGGACGACACACUGUCCAUUCGUACCCUGCCAGGGGGCAAGCACCUGGAGCUGGGUGUGCAUAUCGCAGAUGUCACACACUUUGUUAAAGAGGGCUCGCUUACUGAUCUGGAGGCACGUUCCAGGGCCACCACCUAUUACCUGGCUGACCGCAGGUAUGACAUGCUGCCAGCAGUGCUGAGUGCUGACCUCUGCUCCCUGCUGAGAAGAGUGGACAGAUAUGCCAUGAGUGUACUGUGGGAGCUGGAUGCAGAGUCUCUGGCUGUGUGUAAUGUGUGGUAUGGUCGCACUCUAAUCCACUCCUCCUACCAGCUGCACUACGAGUUGGCACAGAGCCUGCUAAAUGGGGAAGGGCCUGAAGUACCUGAGCUAGCACAGCUUGAGAGCUCUGAGCAGGACCGGAAACUGGCUGAGCUCCUGCAUGCCCUGGAGACUCUGACCAGGGUGGCUCGACACCUGCGAGCACAGAGGGAUUGGGGGGGCGCUCUUGAGCUGGAGGGGGUGGAGGUGAGGGCACAGCUGGACAAGGACAAGAACAUUGUAGCUCUGGUGCCCAAAGAGCCCCUGGAGGUACAUGAGACGGUGGCAGAGUGCAUGAUCUACGCCAACCACUGGGUGGCGCGUAAGAUCCAGGAGCGCUUUCCACACCAAGCACUACUAAGGCACCACCCGCCGCCAAAACAGGAGUUUUUUAACCAACUGAUUGACAGUGCCAAGAGUCGUGGCUUUACCAUUGAUACACGGUCAAACAAAGCUCUGGCAGAUUCUCUGGACCAGGCAAUGGAUCCACAGGACCCCCUGGUAAACAGGCUGCUCAGGAUGAUGGCUACCCAAGCCAUGUCUAAUGCCCUGUAUUUCUCUACUGGGUCCUGUCCAGAAGAAGAGUACUAUCACUAUGGUCUUGCUCUGGAUCGCUACACUCACUUCACUUCUCCAAUCAGGCGCUAUGCUGAUAUCAUUGUGCAUCGCCUGCUUAUGGCUGCUCUCCAAUCAGAGAAAGAGGACUGCCUUCACAAGACCUUAGCUAGCAACAAGGAACUGGAGGAAAUGGCUCAACAAAUCAACAACAAGAAUCGAGCAGCACAGCACAUUCAGAAACAGUCCAUCGAGCUAUUCCAGUACCUCUACUUCCGAGACAAGGACCCGCUCACAGAUGAGCGUUGUGUGGCUGAUGCCAUUAUCUACACCAUCAGGGCGAAUGGCAUGCUGGUCUUCAUCCCACAGUACAGUUUGAAGGGUGCCGUGUACCUGAAGAAUCGGGAGGGACAGGUGGUGAGCAUAGAGGAUGAGGGCAGGUGUACGUGGCAGGCGGGGACACUGCAGAGGCAUCCUGACAGAAUCAGCACCUGCACCACCGCAGGGACACACAUCUUUCACCUGUUCGACCAUGUCACUGUGCGCAUCUCUGUGGAGCCCUCCCGUUGCCAUGCCAACAGCUUGAGUCUGGAGCUUAUCAGCAAUAGGCCACACGCGGCUGCACGGUCUGAGUCUCGGCCGACCGGCCGUGGCCACUCGGAGCUGGUCCAGGAGGUAGUGCGAAGGGAAGAGGCCUCCCAGCAGGCUGUGCAGGAGAAGAAAAGACCCAAACUGAGCCGGGAGGACAGGGAGUUCAGGCAGAGCAAAAAGCCCAAUCUCUACUCCCUCCUGCAGGAGAUCAGUGAGCUGGCUCUGCUUGACUCGUCUGUUUGUCACGUGCCCAGCAGUGAACCACAGACAUGCAUUACCUCAUCUUAGCUUUAUUUCAGGAACUGAAUUCAUUCCAGAAUCCAAAAUAUAGUAUCUUCUCUUGAAGUAGCCCUAAGGGGCUACUUCAUUCAUUAUUUGGAUGGUGGGUUUUAUGUAGUAUUGCUGGUAGUCUGGCUGCGCAUUUAAUAUAUUUUUCUGUAUAAAGUGUAGAUUUUAACUA